CAAUCUAAAGUUGAAGUCUAUGCCAGAUUUAUUAUCCAAUCGGCAAGCAGAACAGACUAUUUCCACAAUCGUAAAGCAUAUUUACGAGUUACAGACUUGGUUCGGGAACGUUUACGAAUCUCUGAUACGAAGGUGGCAACUCUGAAUGGAACAGUUAUUCAAGGUCAUCAUCAAGGACGAACAGAGAUACAGGUAUUGGCGCCUUCAGGCCGUAUCCUGGGAGUAAAAGAGUUGCGUGUGGGUAAGAAUAAAGUAACUAUUGAGAGAUUACUAGUACGAGUCAUCAGUGGUGUAUCCAUGGAGAUCUCUAAGGAACCUAAUUUACUUGGUAGUUUAACGGCAGUUGCUCAUCUACAGGAUAAACUUAUCACUAAACAUCAGGAGGGUAUUUUGGAUAUAUCUGUCCAGUUUUCCGAUGGUACGAGUUUCCCUCUGGAAUAUAUGUCAGAUUUAGAUUACGACCUCAGCAUAACCUCACUCAAUGAUCAUGUGAUCGAUAUUCCUGUGAAUUCAACCAAUCAUAAAUACAGUAUCAUAGCUGUAGAUGAAGGACGUGGAGAGCUUGUACGCGUUAUUUUAAAGAUGGCCGACCCUUGU